UUGCUGAUAUUCUUAGAGCUAUGAGGAAAGAAGUUGGUGGUGAGGCGAAUUUAGGCUUCAUUGUUCCCGACGCGUAUGAUGCUGUUUUGGAAGAGAAGAAGAAAAAUUUGGAUGGUUGUGAUUCAAAUCAGUUGAUCAGAUGGUUCGCUAUGAGGCAAGCUAAAGAACAUGAUUUUUAUUAUGAUUUUCAAUUGAAUGAAGAGAAUCAGUUGAUCAAUUUUUUUUGGAGAGAUGGAAGAAUGCGGUCUGAUUAUGAAGCUUUUGGUGAUUUAUUGAUUCAUGAUACAACUUAUCGUACUAAUAAAUACGAUAUGAUUUGUGGGCCUUUUGUUGGAAUGAAUCUUCACACUCAAAAUAUCAUGUUUGGAGUGGGUUUUAUAUUGAAUGAGAAGGCAGGUACUUUUGACUGGCUUUUUAAUUCUUUUUUGACUUCAAUGGGAGGGAAGCAACCUGUGACUAUCAUGACUGAUCAAUCUUCUGCCAUGGACAAGGCUAUAAGGGAAGUGUUUCCAAAAUCGAGGCAUCGGUUGUGUACAUGGCACAUUAGGGAAAAUGUUGUUGUAAACAUCAAAGGUGUUAUGGCCAAAGAAGGAUUCAAACGUCAGUUUUUAUUAUGUUUUGAAAUAUACUGACACAGUUGCUGAGUUCAAGCAUUAUUGGAAUAGGUAA